UUGACGUCACUGCCGCAUCACGCAGAGGGCCUCGCUCCCGUGCUCCGCGCCCCCCUCGAGGAGCUGUCAUCAUUUUACCGGGAGAGAGGCGAAGGGCAUCCGGGAGACCGGCCGAGAGGGGAGCCGCUGAAACCCGUUUCUCGAGUGGACUAACGCACCACCAGUGGACGCUUCAUUCAUCCCUCUCUCUCGCCGUCUGGGACUGAGCCGGGUGGACUACGUUUUUAUCCCGUCUUCGUUCUGAGGUUGAGGACGUCCGGCCCGUCGGACUGACCACCACCACCGUGUGCGUGCGAUACUUUAAGGACUGCUCAUGCAUCGUUUAAGGACUUGUGCGGCGCGAUUGCGUCCGCUCACCGCCUCGCAGGCGGCUCAGACUGUCGGCCAGCAGCGGCCAAUCACAGUCGCCUCCGCAGGCGGCACAAGGACGUUUCAGCCAGUCAGGUGCUACACGGCGCCUGUGGCCUCGGAGCCGUUCCUAAACGGGACGAGCUCCAACUACGUGGAGGAGAUGUACUAUGCCUGGCUGGAGAACCCCAAGAGUGUUCACAAGUCGUGGGAUGUAUUUUUCAGGAACGCCAACGCCGGCGCUCCCCCCGGCGCCGCCUACCAGUCCCCUCUGGGUCUGUCUUCAGCUCCUCAGCUCUCCUCUCUGGUCGGAGCUCAGCCCAACGUGGAGAAGCUGGUGGAGGAUCACCUGGCCGUCCAGUCGCUCAUCAGGGCCUACCAGAUCCGAGGGCACCAUGUGGCCCAGUUGGACCCUCUCGGCAUCAUGGACGCCGAUCUGGACUCGUGUGUCCCCACUGACAUAAUCACCUCCUCCGACAAGCUGGGCUUCUACGGUCUGGAUGAGUCGGACCUGGACAAGGUGUUCCGGCUGCCCACCACAACCUUCAUCGGAGGCUCGGAGAGCGCCCUGCCGCUGAAAGAGAUCAUACGGCGUCUGGAGAUGGCGUACUGUCAGCACAUCGGCGUGGAGUUCAUGUUCAUCAACGACCUGGAGCAGUGUCAGUGGAUCAGGGAGAAGUUUGAGACCCCGGGAGUGAUGCAGUUCACUCUGGAGGAGAAGAGGACGCUGCUGGCCCGUAUGGUCCGCUCCACCAGGUUUGAGGAGUUCCUGCAGAAGAAAUGGUCUGCAGAAAAACGUUUUGGUCUGGAGGGCUGUGAGUCUCUGAUCCCCGCUCUGAAAACCAUCAUCGAUAAAUCCUCUGAGAACGGAGUGGAGAACGUCAUCAUGGGCAUGCCUCACAGGGGUCGUCUGAAUGUUUUGGCCAACGUGAUCCGUAAAGAGCUGGAACAGAUUUUCUGUCAGUUUGACUCCAAGCUGGAAUCUGCUGAUGAGGGCUCCGGAGAUGUGAAGUAUCAUCUGGGAAUGUACCAUCGCCGUAUCAACCGUGUGACGGACAGGAACAUCACCCUGUCUCUGGUGGCGAACCCGUCUCACCUGGAGGCCGUGGACCCCGUGGUGCAGGGGAAGACCAAGGCCGAGCAGUUCUACUGCGGCGACACCAACGGCAACAGGGUGAUGUCCAUCCUGCUCCACGGAGACGCAGCGUUCGCAGGACAGGGCAUCGUGUACGAAACCUUCCACCUGUCUGACCUGCCGUCCUACACCACGCACGGCACCGUGCACGUGGUCGUCAACAACCAGAUCGGGUUCACCACAGACCCCCGUAUGGCGCGCUCCUCUCCGUAUCCGACCGACGUGGCCCGAGUCGUCAACGCUCCCAUCUUCCACGUCAACGCCGACGACCCCGAGGCCGUCAUCUACGUCUGCAAGGUGGCCGCCGAGUGGAGGGCCACGUUCCACAAAGACGUGGUGGUCGACCUGGUGUGUUACCGCCGCAUGGGUCACAACGAGAUGGACGAGCCGAUGUUCACGCAGCCGCUGAUGUACAAACAGAUCAAGAAGCAGAAGCCCGUCCUGCAGAAGUACGCCGAGAAACUGAUCGGAGAGGGAGCGGUCAGCAGGCAGGAGUACGAGGAGGAAAUUGCCAAAUAUGAUAAGAUCUGUGAGGAGGCGCACGCUCGCUCUAAAGAUGAGAAGAUCCUCCACAUCAAGCACUGGCUGGACUCCCCCUGGCCUGGUUUUUUCACUCUGGACGGACAGCCAAAGUCCAUGAGCUGCCCCUCUACCGGUCUGACAGAAGAAAACCUGAACCACAUCGGCCAGGUGGCCUCGUCCGUCCCCGUGGAGGACUUCACCAUCCACGGAGGUCUGAGUCGUAUCCUGAAGGGCCGGGCCGAGAUGAUUCGGAACCGGACGGUGGACUGGGCUCUGGGAGAGUACAUGGCCUUCGGAUCGCUGCUGCAGGAGGGGAUCCACAUCAGGCUGUCGGGACAGGACGUGGAGCGAGGGACCUUCAGCCACCGUCAUCACGUGCUCCACGACCAGAACGUGGACAAGAGGACCUGUAUCCCCAUGAACCACCUCUCCCCUGACCAGGCGCCGUACACCGUCUGCAACAGCUCGCUGUCCGAGUACGGAGUCCUGGGCUUUGAGCUGGGAUUCGCGAUGGCGAGUCCCAACGCUCUGAUCCUGUGGGAGGCCCAGUUUGGAGACUUCCACAACACGGCCCAGUGCAUCAUCGACCAGUUCAUCUGCCCCGGUCAGGCCAAGUGGGUCCGACAGAACGGCAUCGUGCUGCUGCUGCCGCACGGCAUGGAGGGCAUGGGUCCAGAACAUUCGUCAGCUCGUCCAGAGAGAUUCCUCCAGAUGUGCAACGACGACCCCGACGUCAUGCCGACCCUCACAGAGGACUUUGCUGUGCGUCAGCUGUACGACUGUAACUGGAUCGUGGUGAACUGUUCAUCUCCUGGAAACUACUUCCACGUCCUCAGACGGCAGAUUCUCCUCCCGUUCAGGAAGCCUCUGAUUGUCUUCACUCCUAAAUCUCUGCUGCGUCACCCGGAGGCCAGAUCCAGCUUUGACAUGAUGCUGCCUGGAACUCACUUCCAGAGGUUGAUCCCGGAGGACGGCGUGGCGGCGGAGCGUCCGGAGGAGGUGAAGCGGCUGAUCUUCUGCACGGGGAAGGUUUACUACGAGCUGACCAAAGAGAGGAAGAGCAGAGGCAUGGAGGGAACUGUGGCCAUCGCUCGCAUGGAGCAGUUGUCUCCGUUCCCGUUCGACCUGGUGAAGGCCGAGUCGGAGCGUUUCUGUAACGCCGACCUGGUUUGGUGUCAGGAGGAGCACAAGAACCAGGGUUACUACGACUACGUGAAGCCUCGCAUCAGGACCACCACCCAGAGAGCCAAGCCCGUCUGGUACGCUGGCAGAGAACCGGCAGCGGCUCCGGCGACAGGAAACAAGAACACUCACCUGAUGGAGCUGCGGCGUUUCCUGGACACCGCCUUCGGCCUGGACGCGUUCAAAGAUCGGCAGUAGACCUCUGAGCUGCAGCACCUGGAGUAAACCCUCACCUGCCCGACCUUUGACCCCCGACCCUCCUGGAUUCAGUUGUGACACUCAAACUGCUUCAUGGACACAAACACACACACACACAGUUAUACUGCAUACUGUAGUCUGAAAAUACUACACAUAGUCUGCAAAUAUUGUGUACUACACAAGUACUGCAUACGACAUAGUACUACUAAGUUUACAGCCUGUAUUUAUUUAAAAACAGCAGCGUUUAAACAGCUUUUCACCCAAAAAAUAAAUAGUUUUAAAUUCUAAAGUACGUGUUUGACACCUUCUGUUAUUACUCCAUAUUACAAAACAAGUACACAGUAAAGUGUGUACUGCUUUGUAAUACGGAGUAAUAAGUACUACUGAUGUGUUUUUUUUUGUUCUCUGCUGCCAAAAAUCAAACCUGUGGCAUCAGGACACGACGCCUGCUGCUGUUUGUUUACAGCGAGUCGCGGUAAACAACACCGCAACAUGGAGGAUACUUCGUACACAUUCGGCUGUCCACGUACUUUCGACCAUAUUAGGGAAGUUUAGGAUCAGGUUACAUGAGAGUACUAAGCAGUAUGCAGUUGGAGUAGUAGUACACGGUACUGCUUGACUUGACCAGUCAUAGGAAAACUCGCCGUGCUGCAGCAGUACUGCGAGACUCCGGCGUCGGGCUCGACUCCACCAGGCGACUCUGCGUGUCUGUAGCUGCUGAUUCGCAGGAUUACUGCAAUAUUACUGAUACUCUGCGUACUUUGAGUUUCAGUGAACAAAAGAAAGUCCUCCGAAGUUAAAUAUCCCACCAGGUGGGCGCAAACGACCGGCUGGUGAAGCGUGGAGAGCAAGUAAAGUUAAAAGAACCUCGUUUCUGAAGCAACAACAAGUAAAUAAAUAAAAUUUGCAGCCAAGAUUUAAUCAGAUACUCGGACAAGACAAGAAACAGAGUUCAUUAAUGAACAAGUGCAAAAUCUAAUCCAGCAUGUGCCAAAGCUCAUGUGAAAUCACUCAAUAUAACGGGAGUGUGUUUUUCACGUGUAACAACUGGGGAAGGUUAACUUGCAUUUAUGUUUGUACGUUAACUUAUUAGUUGAUUAAAAAUAUAAAUAAUCCAUCAGAUUUAAGUGCAGGAAGGCCACUAGAUUUUAUUCAGAUCUCCAAGUCUUUGUCGCGACUUGGAGAUCUGAAUAAAAUCUAGUCUUAAAUGAGCAAAAAUCUGAAUGUAGUCUGGUGCGGUAAAAGAACGCCAGCUUUCAGCUCUUGGCAGUUUGUGAUGCUCCGUGCUGCAGACUAAUGUCUGAUUUCACCCAGAAAGGGUUUCAGAUUUGAUUCUCAGCUCGUGUCAAGAGGUCGUCGAGUGUCACCCGGCAGCCAUUUUGUCGUAAAAUGAAACAAGCGUCUGCUGCAGAAACGUCUGGUGGAGUGAAGCCUGAAUCUGAGUUCACGCACACACUUUCCUCCGUCCACACACACACACACACACACACACACACUCCAGCUGUAACAGUUAUUAUGUCAUCGUCUUCAUCACUCCCCCCCCCCACACACACACACACGAUCGUCAUCUUUUCUUCACGUUUCAGGAAACAUUUAUGCUUUUGCUUUUUUAAUAAACAGCUUGUUAGCAUCGUUAGCAUCGUUAGCGCUCCCCAUUGUAAACGAAUGGGACCCCGGCUAGCAGGUGAGAGGGUGAUAUUUGAGUCACUACAGCAGGUGGAGGAGGUGCAGGUGUGUUAGCUCGUUCAGGAGAGUCAUUAUUCCCCCCUGCAACGCUUAACCAGCACACUGGGAUUUUGUUUUUCUUUUAUUUUGAAGGGAUGUUGAAACGAACCAAAUGCACUGCUGAUUAUAGUUUAACCCCUCUGCUUCUCUCUCUCACAUUUAUCCCGUGUGCCAAAAUGGGUCGGACGUUCUCAUGUUUUUAUUGUUUUUCUUGUCCGGCGAGCGGCUGAAUGAACUCUGUGAGCGGGAGAGGAAGAAACAAAACGCCUCCUGGUUUUGAGAAUAAAGAGAUGUAAUCGGCUGCAGGUUGUGUUUUUGGCGCUUCUGAGACAAAGAAACUGACUUAUUUAUUUUCAUAGGGGAUCGGGGUUCUUCAUUAUUUUGCUUCAUUCAAUAAAGAGUCCUGAACUGAA